GCAAGAUGGCCACGCCGGCGGCGGAAGCUUAGGGGAGUGGGUGCUAGGCCCGGGCGUCCCGUGGACCCUUCCUCCAGCACUCUGCACGCCCGUCAGAGGAACUAGCGUUUCUAGCCACAACUCCGUAUGGGCUUUUCUCGCUGUAACCAUGGGGUCUUCCUGAUAGAGCCUUCCCCCUGACAGGGAACUUUGGCAUUUCGCCGCUCUGAGCUGGAACCUCCGGGAGGACUGCAAACGGAGGCACGCGGCCAGUCGGGCAGGUCCUUCUGUUCUAACGGGUGGGACACACCGCUCCAUGCCUGCGGGCGCGGGGAGGCGUGGCCUCCCCCCAGGUCGCCACCUCUGUUGGUUGCUCUGCGCUUUCACCUUGAAGCUCUGCCAAGCAGAGGCUCCCGUGCGGGAGGAGAAACUGUCAGUGAGCACCUCAACUUUGCCGUGCUGGCUGGUGGAAGAGUUUGUAGUGGUAGAAGAGUGCACCCCAUGUUCUAGUUUCCAGGCUAAAACUACCCCUGAGUGUGGUUCCACAGGGUACGUGGAGAAAAUCACAUGCAGUUCAUCUAAGAAGAAUGAAUUCAAAAGCUGCCGCUCAGCUCUGAUGGAACAACAUUUAUUCUGGAAAUUUGAAGGGGCUGUGGUGGGUGUGGCCUUGGUCUUUGCUUGCCUUGUCAUUAUUCGUCAGCGACAACUGGACAGAAAGGCUCUGGAAAAGGUCCGGAAGCAAAUUGAGUCCAUAUAAUUACAUUCUACCCUAUUAUCCUGGGUAUUAUAGACCAUAUCUCAGACAGAGAAAGAAUGGACUGAUUUGCCCCCCUGGUUCUUUGGAGCCUGGUGGUGAUACUCCCUUUCCCUGUCUUCCUCUUCCAGAUCAUUAAUGAGCACAAUAAAGAUUAAAAUAGU